AUGAGUAUGAAUAAUGAACGGAGGAAAGAAAUGUCUUGUAAUUGGUUGUUAGUUAGAAAGACCUAUUUUUGCAAAAAAUCAGCACAAGAUCAAUAUUGUGCAUCCCACACAUUCAAAAUACGAAAGGGUGUAUUAAUCCUACAACCAUGUAAAGGAUGUGGACGAGACACUAAAUCAAGCGUUCAGCUUUGUGUCCAAUGUGGACAAG